UUAAAUGUCAUUCAUCUCCCCUUCUAAAGUCGAUCCACCAAAUUAAUUCACCCGAGUGAAAGUGUUUUUGUGUUGUAUGCGUGUAAAUCUUGUGUUUUGAUAACAAAAAUAUUGCUGAAAAUCACCCAGGCACGGCAAAAUGAUAUCCUCCAAGGACAAGGAGGUACUGCUGGAUAUUAUGAAGCGACCAGUAUUGUAUGCAAGAGAAUACUCCACACCCUCGAAGGAUAAUCUGGCAGGAAAGGUGGAGGCAUGGAAGGAGUUGAGUAUCAAACACAAAUAUUCAGAGAACAAAUUAAAAAGUCGCUGGGCAUUUCUUCGGAAGAAGUUCAGGAAUCGUUUAAGGGCAAAUUUUGGGGGUGAUCCACCAUCUGGAGAUAUCCCAUUGGAUGAAUUUGAGCCCAUGAGAUUUCUCAUACAUCACAUCGAUUGGGAUCGUGCUGAGAGACUGAAACGCAAGUCCAUCCAAUAUGACCAGGAUUAUGCUCACUAUCACGUUCCGGAAUUUGAAAUGAAGCUGGAAGAGGAUGUCCAGGUUCUCAGUUCUGACGAAGAAGGACAAUCGUCCGCUUCUCACUAUCCCAACGAUCUCAACAAUCAGGAUGACUAUCCACAGCCAGCUCCUGAGGUUUCCAUCCAGGAAUACAGCAAUUGCGAUUCAUCGGGAAAUAACACCGAUGAUAAACUCUUCCUGAUGAGUCUCUUGCCAUUUAUGACCCAAUUGACUGGAUGCCAGAAAUUGAGGGCUCGUAUACGGAUACAGCAGAUUCUCUAUGAGGAAUUGCAGAAAAAUGAAUGAAUUUCACAUAUUUUCCAAUGAAUCUUUCUUCAUAUUUAUGUAUUUCCAUGUCCAUCUCCUUGUUUCCUUGUACUGAAUUUAUAAAUAAGCGCCCCCGCGGACAUGCCAAACAUGUCCUAUUUUAUGUGUUCUCUGGCAUUUGAAGAAUUUGAAUAAAAGUACC